AUGUCUCAACGAAGCUUACGCCCUGCGAGAGACCGUAACCUUCCCGUCUGCCCCAAGAACUCGUCGCUGGCUGCUGUCCACGCGCGAGAUCUCCUUCUGGGUCGACAAGUCACGCAGCAGACCGACUACAGCUGCUCUGAAACUAAGCCUUGCGGAAACGGUGCCUGCUGUCCCAAGGAAACUGGCUGGUGCAACUAUGGUCCCAAAGCUUGCGGCACCAAUGGCAUUUCUCCCAACGAUGUCUGCUGGAGCAACUGCGAUGCAAAAGCUGAGUGCGGCCGAUACGCCGAUCCUCCAGGAAAGGAGUGCCCUCUCAACGUCUGCUGCUCCCCUUGGGGUUUCUGUGGCAUGACGGAGGACUUUUGCAAGAUCUCUGACGACGAAGAGGUCGGGUGCCAAAGCAACUGCGAACAACCAGAUUCUGGCGCUUCGAACGGAAACAUCCGCAAAAGAGUCGUUGGUUACUACGAAGCUUGGGUUCAUGCGCGAAGCUGUAAUGGCAUGUCAAUUGAGCAGAUUCCUGUCGGCGCCCUCACCCAUCUGAUGUUCUCUUUCGCCUACAUUACCCCAGGAGAGUUCCAGAUCGUGCCUAUGGACGACCUCAAGACCAACCUUUUCACCAAGAUGGCUGCUCUUAAAUCGCAGAACAAGGCUCUGAAAGUCAUGGUUGCUCUUGGUGGUUGGACAUUUAAUGAUCCUGGCCCAACACAAACCGUCUUUCACGACGUGGCAAGUUCUAAGGAAAACCGAGCCAAGUUUAUUGGCAACCUCUUGAGUUUCCUCCGUCAGUAUGCUUUUGAUGGUGUUGACUUUGACUGGGAAUACCCUGGCGCUGAAGAUCGCGGUGGCUCGGAAGAAGAUGGUAAGAACUUUACCCUGCUGCUUGAGGAGUUACGCAAGGCCAUCGAUGCACAACCUCUCGAGUAUGUUGUAUCAUUUACAACACCUACAAGCUUCUGGUACCUCCGACACUUUGACAUCAAGGGUAGUACCGAUGCUGCUGAUUUUGUCAACAUUAUGAGUUAUGAUCUUCACGGUGUCUGGGAUGCCUGGAACCCCAUUGGAUCAAAUGUUUUAGCACACACCAAUAUCACCGAGAUCAAGCUCGCUCUUGACCUAUACUGGAGAAACGACAUUCCAUCUUCCAAGCUCAACCUGGGUUUCGGAUUCUACGGCCGAUCCUUCCAGCUUUCUGACCCAUCCUGCCACAAGCCUGGCUGCCCCUUUGUAGCUGGCGCAUCCCCUGGGCCGUGCACCAAGAACUCCGGAACUUUGGCUUACCGCGAGAUUAUCGACAUUAUCGACAAGCACAAGCUCACGCCAUACUAUGAUAAAGAAGCCCAAGUCAAGUACAUCGUCUGGAACCAAGACCAGUGGAUCAGCUACGAUGACGAAGAUACCAUUGCUGCCAAGAUCAAGUUUGCCAACGGACAGGGCUUGGGUGGUCUGCUCAUUUGGUCGCUCGACCAAGACACUGAUGAUUUGAGCGCUCUCAGUGCCGUCGUCGGCGAGGAUACAAUCAAGUUGGCGAAAAAGAGCUCCAUGUCAGACGAUGCUGCCUACUGGCAAGACAUUGGCGCUCAAAACUGCUAUGUGUCAAAUUGCGGCGAUGAAGGCUGCAAGCCUGGCUUCAAGCCCAUCGAGACGCAACCCUGUGGCAGCGCCCACUGGUUCACACGUCAAGCCGAGGGAGGGAAAAGUACUCUGUGCUGCCCGCUCUCAGCAGCACCGGAUCCCGACGAUUGCUCCUGGAGGAGUUCAGCUCCGGAGUGUAACGGCCGAUGCGACAACGACGAAGUUCUCCUGCAGCUGAACAAAUGGGGUGAUGGCAAUUACUGCGAGAACGGCAACAAGGCGUACUGUUGUAAGACAGCCCUCGAGAAGAAGAACAACUGCGCGUGGGGAGACAGGGGCAAGUCUUGCAAGAGCGGCCAGCAGCCCCUCACGUUCAGCGGCACUUUUGGCAAAGACGAGCCGGACCUGAACGCGUUGUAUAAGCUCAAGGGUAGUUCUCUGGCCUCGGCCCUCAGGGAUUACGAUCUCAACGACAUUGAUCUUUACUGCUGUCCUCCCGAAGACCUCAACCGCUGGAACAACUGCGAAUGGAAGGGCGAGCCCGGGAACUGCUUCGACGGGCAUUGCGAUAUCAACACGGAGGUUCAGGUUGCCUGGUCCAACUUUGGAGGUGCUGAAGGAUGUUUCCCGCGUCUCGACCGUACUCGCAUCUUCUGCUGCGAUCCUCCCAAGGGCGAGAACGUUUUCCUACCAGUUCCGCUUAAGGACUUGUUUCCCAACCCACCAUCAGGCGACGACGUCGACACGAAUUUUGAUCUCAAGGUCGACAGCACUUGGGGAGGCGCUGAGAGCAGCGGUUCCGAUGAUGCUGCUCCUGGAGAUGCUGCUUUCCAGUUCUACGUCCUCGCAGCGCCUGAGGAGAUCUCAACGUCUCUGGAUAAGCGCGACGGUUCGCACUGGGAGGUCUUUAACUGCAACAACGCGCACAGCGAGGAAGAGCAGACGGUUCAGAUGAUUUGCACUGAUGACUCAGAUGACAGCAACUGCGACCAUAUCUUCAGGGGCUUGGGCGCGGAGGGCACCAUCAUCCAGAUGCCACAGGGUCAACGUUGUGGUCCUGGAAAGUACGCCGUCGUCAAGCGCUUGGAGAUUGCGUCGAACCAGACAUUGCCGAAGAAUCUGGUAAAGAGGAAGUAUGGACGCCUGGACAAGCCUGGUGCUGUUUACGAUCUCACCUUUGACUACGACUUUACCCGAGUUCCGCGAGACUUUGGAGACACACAGCUCCGAGUCGACUUUUCCAACCAAGAGAACUAUUGGAACCAGAUCGUCGAGGCACCAGCCGGGAAGAAAGCAAAGCGAUCGCUUGCGUCCGUCGGCGGAAACCACAAGCGCUGGCUCGAGGAGGAAUGGCGCGAAGACAUGCACUUCGGCGCUCUCAGUCGUGAUGAACUUCACAAGCGCUGGUUCGGAGAGACCGUCAUUGAAUGGCUGAAGGGUCUUCUUGACGUCGAGUACAACAAGGAAAAGAGACAUGACUUCGAAGAAGAGCUGCAGGCCAUCAUCCUUCAGGAAGAAUGGGACUGCGGCAGCUUCAGCGCCAAGGUCGACGCCGUCGCUACCGCUGGAAUCAGCAUGUCGACGUCUUUCGGAUUCACGCUCAUCACGACGCUGGGCCCCAACAUGAACCUCGACAACUCGUUCCUGUACUUCAACAACGAGGGCAAGAUCGAGGCCAUCUUCACUCUCGACGCCAUUGCCAGGGUUGACUGGGAUUCGGACGUGUUCAACAUCGUCACCUUACCCAUCCCCGGAGCCACGUUCAACAUCCCCGGUAUCUUGACCGUUGGUCCUCGUCUUGAUCUCGACGCGCGCUUCAAAGCUGACGUGUCUGUUCAUGGCCGUGUUGAGGCUCGCGUCACCGUCUCCGACUGGGAGAUUCGACAGACUUACCCACAGCAGAGUGGAGAGUACGAUCCGGAGGACGAGAAGGCUCCGGCACGCAAGAUCGACAACAAUAACCUCGCCAGUCCUUCUUUCGACGUCUCUCUCGAAGCCGACGGAUACGCCGAAGCGCACUUGAUGCCAACUCUGGUGUUUGGCAUCAAGUUCAACAAGGUCUAUGGCAUCGAUGACGCUGGCGCAUCUCUCGUUGCAGAUGGUUGGGCGCGUAUGAGAGUCCACUCGGACAUUGUUGGCGGCGACUGCGCUUUUGGAUAUCGCGUCGAGGCUGGGUGCAAGCUUACAGCCACUGCCGACGUGCCCGACGUGUUCGGGUGGAAUCCCAGGCCUUUCAGCUUUGGAGAGGCCAAGAAGACAUACAUCCCCAAGAACGAGGAUCAAGAAUGGGAGUGCCUCACUGGCCAGGCCAAGCGCGACACCAUCGAGUCUGGGCUCGAGGCACUCGACCGCGUCAGACGUGUCAGCCAUGGUUAUAACGACACUGCUCCAUUCAGUCUCAUCGGGACUGGCCUGCGCAAGCGUGUCAUCCCGUACGGUCCGAUAAUCACUCUGCCCCAGAUGCAGCAACUAUGCCCUACGAACAAGGACGAGAUCGAGCUCAAAGACUGUAGGGACAUCUUUGCCGGGGACGAGAUGUACAAAGUCUCGACCGAAGACGAGGACGCCGGCAGUGUCCUCAAGAGGAGUGUCAAUGAGAACACGAACGAGGAGUACUGGGAGGCCGCGGACGACGAUGUCUACGUCGUGAACCCCGCCACGGGUCUUCAUAUCCGCGCUGCCUCCAGCAAGAAGAAGAUCAACAUCUGCUACACGAAGCAGGGAUCUAGGAAGCUCAAUGGACAUGAGUUUUAUCUCCAGUCCUGGGACAUCAAGACUUACACCAUCUUGGACAAUGAGGAUUGGGGUGACUGCAACAACUAUGAGUUUGGUAUUCAGCCCAGCCUCCAACAGGUACCCAAUAAGCACUAUGGCGUAAGGCCAGGUGCCGAGCAGUUUGUUGGCUACAGGGUUGAGCACGUGCUGGAAGGAAACCAGUUGGACCUCUUCAUGCUGCAAAACAGUGGUUUCUGCAAGGCCAUGAAAGACAGCGGGUGGUUCGAGGAACAGUCGAUCGGAACCAAGAAGGAACUGCCCUGGGAGUACAUCGGCAGAGGCUAUCCUUACAUCGGCAGCAACGACGACGAGUUCUACUCCAUCCUCGAGAUCAUGAACAUCAUCAAGGAGAAUGCGUUCCUGGGCAACGCACUGCCCGGCGAGAAGGACAUUAAGAAGUCCAUCAAGAAGGAAGCUACCCUUGAUGAGGCUAUCCGGACGGUGAAGAACGCCAUGAUGACGUACAAAUACUUGGUGAUGGAUGAUGUCAAGGACAUUCUCAAGGACCAGGCCGACCGCGUGGGUAACAGGCUGGACACUGUAGACAAGUGGUUCACCGGAAAAGGUUCCAAACCGUGGGCUUACAGCAGUAUGAAGGCGAAGUGGAGGUCUUUCAUCAAAGGCAGCACGGAAAAGGCGGUGGCCAAGAUGAAGGCCUUUGUGGUGGAUUGGACGGAGAAGAUCGAGGAAGUGUUGCCCAAGGACACGACCAACGAUACCAACGUCCCUGGCCGUGCGGCCCUGCGCAAGAAGAUUGUUGAGCUCAGAAAGGCCGUGGAUGAUCUGCCGGCCUGGACGAGUCCGUGGUAA